AUGGCUCUGCUUCAAAGUCUCAAACCCUUCUGGCCACUUCUGUUCACAUUCAUUCUCCCCCGCGCGAUCAACUACUACCGGAUCAUCAAGACCGCGAUCCGCACGCGACCACAUCCUCGCCCGCUCCCCAAGAAGACCCGGCGAGGGCUCAACGCGCUCUUUGCCUCAAUCUGCAUCUUCCUCUACACCUCCUUCCCUUCCCUUUUCAAGGGAGACCUAGCCGACCACAACAUCUUCGUGGUGACCCGGACGAGACUAUCCACAGCAACAGACACGGUCUUUGCGCGAUUGGCGCUCCUCCGCGACCACGGCAUCCUAACAGCGACCGACGAGGCUUUGCGUUCCAAACUGGGAUCUCAAGCCCUUCGCAAGAUCUAUCUCCGCUUCGGCCCCGCCACGCUUCUGAACUGCACAUUCUGCUCUCCUGGUGGUGGUGACGACGACAUCUCCUAUCUCCUCUACCACCUCCCAACCAACAUUCUCCUACCGCACCUCUUCCACAUUCUCUGUCUCGGCCUCGCGACGUCCGAACCGCUCGCCGGCUUCGAAGCCAGUCGCUGGCGCGCACGCGCCGUACUCUGCGCGAUUGCCCUUGCUGGGCUGGACAUCGCCAUCGCCGCCGCCUACGUGCCGGUGGUUGAUCCUCGGACGCCCGCUCCCAUAGGAACAUUCUGGAUCGCAGCGACACUCAGACCACUGGCGCUGUGUCUUUUCGACGCGGCCGUCGCCUUCUUCAUCUACGCCUCGGCGACGGGGAGGUUUUUGCUGUUCAGCGCCCCCGCCUCUGCUGAUCCGGAAGUGGUGCGGCGCCGGAUGGAGGAGCUGCUCACCGCGGCGAACGUGGCGUUGCAGAUGACCCAGACUAAUCUGCGGGCUUAUUCGAUCGCGCGGAACGCCGUGGUGAGGAAUCCGGAUCUGAAGGGCGCGGAUGACGAGUAUUGGCGCAGAGUUGUCGCCAUGGAAGCGUUCGAUACCACAAACAAUGACGAUGAUGAUGCUGGCGAUGUCGUUGUCGACGAAACUCUGUUCGACGACGACGAGGUGCAAGCGGCCAUCUCGAGAGCUUAUGGCUCGGGAGCGGUCAACGUCACUGCGAUGAGGAAGGACGCUGAAUUGUUUGUGAAGCAUGCGACUAGGGGUUUGGAUUCGAAUGAGGGUCAGACAGCCGCGACGCGAUAG